GAAUUAUUGUGACAUCAUGAAGACUUCAGCAUCCCAGUCGAUGUAUCAAAACUCUAGUGAUAGAAUUUCAUCCUUAAUACAGCUGAGCAGAGAAGUGAUAAAAUAAGGAAACAGCUCUAGAACAACAGAAGAGGAUCAACUUGCUGAAAUCAAAGCCAGAUGAAUUUAAUAAAAAGUUGUUCGUGAAGAAGACAUCUUUAUAUAAGCCUAACCAACAUACUUCCAAAAAUCUGGAUCCGUCCAGCUUGGCUUACCAAAUUAGCUACAAAUUUAUGCAAAGGAAAUUAUUGACUAAAAGUCAAGACAAGAUUGACGAAAAGGAGGAUGUAAAGAAGCAGGUGGGUUCAACCAAGAAGGAGAGUACCAGGUAUUCCUACCUCCAAGGCGAAGCCUACAAACCCUUACACACUAAAAGUAAAGUCAGAAAGUUGAUACUCAACAGGGCUAAGAAUAAAUUCUGUAAGGAAAGGAACAAAUUAGGAGCGAAGAGAGUGCCCCAGCUUGUUAGUCUUAAUAUCCCUGCUACUUUUCAACAGAAGAUGUUGCCAAGAGGGGUCUCUACACAUAGGAAUGGAAAUGAGAUCACUAUUGGAGGGAGCUAUGAUAAAGUAGGAGUUUAAAAAAUCUACUUCAAGGCGAAGAAUCUCAAAAUCAAGGAAGAUCCAGAGUCGAAAUGAUAGGAACAGCUUUACCCCAAAGCAGAAGGUCACGCUAAAGAAACUGAAGAAGUUAAAUGGCAGCUUGAUCACUUUGAAGAAAUCAUUGAGAAAUCUUAAAUCUGAUCUGAAACAAGAUGCUAAAACUUCUAUGGAAAGGUCUAGCUCACAGUUCUCUCUUCCGAAAGAUUUUGAUGAGCAUGAGUAUAAAAUUAUCAGCGGGACUGGAACAUCUCUAAGCGCCUACCGAUGCACCCUUGAUUUCUGUCCAUAUAGCAGAUCUGCUUCAAAGGAUCACUUCUCUCCACCAGGACCGUACACCUCCAGAGUAUAAAC